CGCAUCGGAUCGCAUCGCCAUCAAACAACCCAGUCCCGUCCAGUCAAUUCUCCUUCAGCUGGAAGAAAAACACCAGACCAGCUUCCGCGGGAUCAGACAAUCCUUUCCCCGAAUAAAUCUGGUCGGAAAGCCUCGAUACCGAAAAUGUCCUUCGCUCUUCCCCUCCGCCGCAGCACCACUGCCACGACGGCCCGGAUUCAACCCUCGACGACCUUCAUCUGCUCGCAAUGCCGCCAUGCCACCCUCCUGCGCCGUCCUAAGCGGCCCUACCAGUUCACGCAGCUGAUCGCCAUGUCCGACGGCAGCACCUUCACGCACCGGACGUCCUCCCCGGCCCCCAUCUACCGCUCCACCCGCGACACCCGCAACUCGCUCAUGUGGAACCCCUCGUCCAGCAAGCUGGCCAGCAUCGAGAAGGAUGAGGCCGGUCGCAUGGCGGCUUUCCGUGCCCGUUUCGGUCGCGGCUUCGACGCCAACAACAUGAAAUUCGUGGAUCCCGAGGCGAAGAAGGCCGCCGAGCAGAAGGAGGCCGAUGCGAAGGCCGCAGAGGCUGAGGCUGAGGAGGAGGAUGAUAACCUGCUGGAUCUGAUCAGUGCCUUUGGGCAGCAGGAAGCGCCUCCUCCGGAGAAGAAGAACAAGUGGUGAUUUGUUUCUCAACGGGUUCCAGGGAAAGUGAGAUGAAGGAGAGAAAGAGCGCCUGAGUUUUGUCCCUGCUCUGGUUUUAUGUUUUUGGCUCGGUCGUCUUUGUACUAUGUGAUCAACACAGAGAUCGGGAUUUCUGGGUUGUUGUUGGAUUAUAUGUCUUCCGGAUUAUUUUAUGUACAGUAUACACAUCACCAUACCACGCACCCAUUUGAAUGGAGUUUCU